AUAAUCUGGGCAAAAUGGCCGAAUGGCCUACUCCUGCACCUAUUGUCUAUUGUCAGUCGAACCAUUGUCGCUGCGAUCAAAGCUCCCGCGUCGGGGUGAUCGAAACUCACGGGGCUUGGAGUUCCCGAAGUUGGUCUCUCACCGGAGACCUCGGGCUCCAUGAUGUUAAAGUCUGCAGGCACCCACGGUUGGAGCUCCGAGGUCGAUCCCUGGCGGGCUUUAACAAAGGGAUUGCGGGCUCCGCGAUCUUAAAGUCCCGUAGGCACCCGCAGUGGAGCUCUCGAAAUCGGUCUCCAGCAAAGGCCGCCAACUUCUCGAUGUUAGGCCGCAGUGCGGACAGAGAUAUGAUACGGGAAAUAACCGCAUCUCCAUCGAGACUGCUACUUUGGAGCCCUGCUGCUCCAUUUGGGGUUUCUAACAGUUCACCGAUGGCACAUUCCCUACGAGUGAGUGAUGGCUUCCUACAACAGCUUGACCUUGUACUCAAAGAUGAUCAUUCUUUGCCCAUGGAUCUGCAUGCUGAACUCAAAUCCUGCUUCACAGGAACGAAACCCACCCCCACGAUUCCUUUCACCCUCCUGAGAAAACUCCACAUAUUCUUGGAAACAAAAGGGUUCCCUGUGUAUCUUCACGAACUUCUGGAGGGUGCAGAAAUAUUUACACCAGAAGUGAAGCUGCCUGAGAGGAACCCGCAGCUGGUGGCCAGAUUGGACAAGAUCAAAGCAAAGAUGGCAAAUGAAGAGUACAGACGGAUCACCAAAAAUGUCAACUGCCAGAUAAACCGAUACGGCACAAUUGGAGAUGUGGGAAAGCAAGUGCGAUCCGCUAAGGCCGUGGUGGUAACCAUCUUUAACUUCAUGGUGACGGUGGUGGCAGCGUUUGCCUGCGCCUACCUCGGUAGUCAGUACUUGUUCACGGAGCCGGCUGCGUGUGUUCUCAGUGGACUCAUUGUUGCCUCAGUGGUGGGGUUGGCUGAGCUGUACGUGCUCGUGCGCACCAUGGAAGGAGAACUGGGGGAGAUGUAGCGGGCACGGAUCCCCCGGCUAUGGUCUCGUCGGACCAGCUACAUGUUUCACCACAAGGUCUGGCUGGAAUCUGCUUUGUGCGGCUCUCACCCUGCGGGAAUGCUGGAAGCUCUCUACCUACAAAUAUUGACUCUGCAAACACCUUUGUUGUACAUUAUCUGUACAUGUUCUUGUGCUGUGACCAAGGUUUAUUUGUUGUUCAUGUGUUACUUUAUGAGUAUGUAAGGAAUAAUUAAGUUGAUGUGUGCCUGUCCAGUCCAGGUAUGAACCACUCUCCCACAAAGAACAUUGAUGAGCAAGUUGUGUCUUCUGACAAUCGGCUUGCUUUGUUCUCAAUAUCCUUCAGCUGAAUUUAAUUUCACAAUGUGUAUAACCCUCUAUCUGUUGAUUACAUAACUAGUGCCACAAUCAUGACAAAAUGCCCCAAAGCACUGCUCAGAUCUGAAACAAAACCAGAGAAUGCAGGAGAUACUCAGCAGGUCAGUCAGCAUCUGUGGAAAGAGGCUUAUUAUGAUUUCACUUCAAAGUCUUUUUGACUGACUGAUGGGAAAGCGCGGGUAUAUCUGUGAAGGGAGUGCGCAAUCUGUUGGCGUAAGGGGGAGGCAAGUGGGGUGCUGGUAAUUAUCUCCUCUUUGUAUCUUUCCUGGAGAAGCAAUGAUCAGGAACCCAGGAGAAACUAGAGUCGCCAAAUCUUCCUGCCCUCUCUCAGCGCACCCAAAGACCUAUUGUCUAUAGAUACCUUGAGUUAGUCACAGUGUUUCAUUCUUGCGAAGCAACCCGUGUGUGAUGGAGUGUGGUGAUUCUGACUGAGAUUGUAUACCUGUAACUGAGUUUGCUGUUGCGUAUGUGUCCACUUAUGUUAAAGAACAUCUCGUGCUUGGUUGGGAAGCUGGCUUCGUGAGAGGAAGGUGUCUCCCAGUGUGAACAACUCCAUUCACUGCACCCUGAGAAGGGUGAUGCAGAGUUACUGGCCUUGGGAACCUCAGCCUGAAGUACACACUGGUGGUUGACAGGUUCCAGCUGAAGCAAUAACUUUACACAUCGCACUUUACACACAGCUAAACAUUCAAAGGUUAUUCACAGGAGCAAAUGUAAGCUGACAUAGGGAGGAUGACCAAAAGCUUGGUAAGAGAAACAUCUUGAAGGGGGAAGAGGGAUAGAAACUGAGAGGUUUAGGAAGGAAAUCCCAGAGUUUAGGGCCUUGGCAACAGAACAUUGAAGGAUGGAAUUAGUGAAGGCUGCAGGGCCAGAGGGGGCUGGAGGGUGUAUGGACUUUGAAAAUGGAGACAUUGCUUCAUUGGGAGCAAGUGAUCUCAGAGCUAAGCAGUGUCCACCAUACAUUUGUAUGCAGAGUCGAAUGUGAGAAUGCCACUCCCCUGAGAGGGAACACCUUGCAUGAAAUGGGCCCUGCAAAAAGAGUUGUCCCACUUCCUGGUUAGAUUGGUCUCAUGCUAAGAUCUGGCCCUGGAGUUAGAGUGGACACCAGAUAAGGCUUCCCUGUCAACUUGAAUAUUUGGAAUUGAAUAUUUCAGUCCAAAGACUUUAUUAAAAACGAAAUAAAUCUCAGUCAAACUUUGUAACUUGU